UUUUGAGAUCCACCUCCAGAUGAACCGCAGAAAUCCUCAGCGCAGACAGGAUAAGUAAUCAUUUAAUGUCUGGUCAGCUGGAAUAACUGUCCCCUACGCACAGGCGGGACAUCUGGAAACCAGAUGGAUGAAUAGAACAAAUGCUCGUCAUUAAUUAGUAUUCAAGGAAUCAAAACACAAGUCCCCACAAACAAACAUUUAGAUUUAGAAAUACAAAAAUGUGUAUAAAAUUCUGCUCCACUCAUGAGUCACAUUAAGGAAAGCCUGUUUGGCUCCAGGGCCAGGUUGGGUGUUUAAUUUUUUAUUUUUUUUUUGGCGCCCUAAAGUCAUGCCUGAACAUGCCCCAUCCACACUGGAACGAAAAUAGACCUUCAAGGCUAAGUAGUGCGUCUGUGCGUGACAUUUUAAGCAUUUGCAUCUUUAAAUGAAAACCUGAAAAUGUCGGUACAAAAAAACCUGUGGUUUAAGUAAGAAUGAGAAAUAUGUUUUGGAUGCAGGCUUUCCACCCAUUUUUCUUCAAUAAUCAUAAACAUUAAAAAAAGCAAUAAAAGUUUGUAGAAAUAUGUCUAAAUUGAUGUUCUCAUUGAAACUGAAAUGGCAGACUUCCAGUAAACCACAACAGCCACAAGAAACCUUGAAGCAGGAAAGAGUAUCUAUAUCAUAUGUUACUUUUAAAUCCUGUUUUUGUUCUCUUUUUCCCUCCCCCUCUACAGGCCAGAGAGGCACUCCCUUUACAAGUGAGACUCCAGGGAGCAUAAACUCCAAAAAGAAAAGGCAGACAAACACCUCAUUUUGCUUCACAGGUUUUCCUUCAGAGGCGACCGGGGUUGGUAUUCAUCAACGCCAGCCUACAUUUGUUAUGACAGCUGACGCACGCACACACAGACUUCAGCUACGUGGAAAGCUGUCGGCAGUGGAGGGGGCGGGCGUUAGUCACUUGAGCGCUGGAGCUCGCACAGAGCGUCUCCCUGGAACAAUCACACUCAACAGGUGGUUCAUUCAGUCCAGAAAAAAGUCACAGCCAGGAAACAGGAGAAAAUGGAGGACUAUGAAUACGGAGACAGUAAUGAAAGCUACGACUAUAACGACGAGCACGGUGUUUGUGACAAAGAAACGGUGCGCUCCUUUGGCGGCGUCUUCCUUCCGAUCAUCUAUGCGCUGGCUCUGGUGGUGGGCCUCGCCGGGAACGCGCUGGUGGUGGUCGUUUACACGUCCCGCCUGCGACUGAGAACCCUGACGGACGUGUGCAUCCUUAACCUGGCCAUCUCGGACCUGCUGCUGCUGUUCACGCUGCCGUUUUGGGCGGCCGACGCCGUCCACGGCUGGACGCUGGGCUCAGCCGCCUGCAAAAUCACAUCGUUCCUCUACAGCACGAACUUCAGCUGCGGCAUGCUGCUGCUGGCGUGCAUCAGCGUGGAUCGCUACCGGGCUGUGACGCACAACCCGACGGGCCGAGCUGGGACGGGGCAGAGGGUGAGGAGGCGGUGGCUUCUGGUGUGCCUCGCCUUGUGGGCUUUGGCCAGCUUCCUGGGCCUUCCUGAGCUCAUCUUCUCCAAGGUGAAGGUUUCCCAUCACAGGACUAGCUGUACGCCCAUCUACCCGCGCAGCAUGGCUCGGCCUGCGAAGGCCGCCUUGGAGCUGCUGGAGGUGAUUCUCAGAUUCCUGUUGCCUUUCGCAGUCAUGAUCGUCUGCUACACUUUGAUGGGACGAGCGCUGAGUCGAAUUCCCGGGGUGAGAAGAGAAAGGAAGUGGCGAGCCCUGCGCGUGCUCUUCGUGGUGGUGGCCGUCUUCCUGCUCACCCAGCUGCCCUACAACGUGGUGAAGCUGUGCCGGGCGUUGGACAUCAUCUACGUCUUGGUGACGGUCUGCGACGUCAGCAAAGGUCUGGAUCACGCCCUCCAAGUGACAGAGAGCCUGGCGCUCACGCACGCCUGCAUCAACCCGCUCCUCUACGCCUUCAUCGGCUCCUCCUUUAGGAGUCACGUCCUGAAAGCCGCCAAGCACCUCGGAGAGCGGCUCGGGAAGCGUUCGCAACCAGAAAGCAAGGAGCCGGCGGUGGAGAUCGCUCUCCGCACGCAGAGUCAAAACAACUCCCAGUCCGAAUCAGACGAUCAAGAUACCAGCACCUUCACGAUCUAAGCUCCUGUUUUAUGUAACAUCACACAGCGAUAGGAAUCACCUGACUGUUGUUACCUGCUGGUACAAAUAAACAAACCCCAGCAGCAGGAACGGAUCUAAAGGCUGGACGCUGCCCCACAGGAGGAAGUUAUCAGUCCUGGUUUAUGAGCUCUUUGCAUGCUUGUCUGCUGAUCAAAUGUUUAUAUACUUUAAACACAAAUAUCAAACUGUCAGCUAUGUAUAACAUUGUUACAGUGAUUUUAUAUGCAUAUUUUAUACUAAUGUAUUUUCAUAAAUAAAAAAAAAGAAUGUCUCGAC